AUGUCUUUAAUUACAAACCGGAAGCGCCCCAGAGGUCUUAGUGAGAGUUUCGACCAACAAAAGGCCCGGGCGGCUGAGGUGAAGGAUGUCUUGUUCGACAAUAACGGCAACGCCAGCAACUAUAAUUCGUCUCCUGGAAUCAGCUCCAACCACAACUUGAACUUGAACCUCAACAUCGACCUAAACAACUCGAAUUCUGACCUUUCCACCAGGAAAAACACCGACACCCUGAUCUACUUUAUCGGGAACGGCACCGACAUGUAUGAAAACGAGGGUGACUCGCUCUUACAACAGGACUUUGGCGACGAAGAAGACUACGAGGAGGAGGACGACGACGUGGUGAUCAUCGAAGAACGCCGAGUUGCCACAUAUGACCAACCCAAGGCUCGCCGAAACAACUCCGACUCGGUUAUCAUUUUGGACAACGAUGCUUUUGCGGCCUACAACAUGUUCAACGUUAACCAAGAAACCAAAAUCGCUGAACGACCCAAUGGUUCGAAGAAGCAAAGAACAAACUCACUUCCACAACUCCCACAAGCCAAGUGCUUCUACAACAAGAUUCCCAGUAAUUACAUUGUGCUGCACCCCAAAAUGGGCAAUGUAAAAACCAACAUCAUUCCUCACCAACUUAACCUCCCACCAUGCGACGACAAGGACGGUCAUUACAUUAUACGGGUCAAUGAUCUAUUUGCUAAUCGCUUCACCAUACUCAAGCUUUUGGGCCAAGGAACCUUUGGAAAGGUAGUGGAAUGUUACGACAAGGUGAAUCGUGAAACGGUUGCCAUCAAGAUCAUUCGCAAUAUACCGAAGUAUAGAGACGCGGCCAAGAUAGAGUUGCGUAUACUUUCGACGUUGAAGAUGUUUGAUAACGAAAACUUGAACCACUGCAUUCACUUGCGGGAAUGUUUCGAUUAUCGUGGUCACGUUUGUAUUGUGACUGACUUGCUCAAAAUUUCCUUGUAUGAUUUUUUGGAAAAGAACUGUUUCAUUUCGUUUCCUGGUUCCCACAUUCAAGCCAUCUCCAAACAAUUGAUUCGGUCGGUGACAUUUCUUCAUGAUCUCAAUUUGAUUCAUACCGAUUUGAAACCGGAGAAUAUCUUGUUGCACGACGAUUCUUUUGUAAAGAAACCACUUGUGAGUUCCACCAUCAUUACCAGUUACCUCAAAUUAACCAACAAUAACGCUGCAGAUGCUCUGAAACGAAAAUACCCUCGCAUGUCACGAAUACUCAAAGAUCCGUUAAUUCAGAUCAUAGAUUUUGGCAGUGCCAUUUUCAACGAUGAGUAUCAUUCAUCCAUAGUAUCGACCCGCCAUUAUAGGGCACCCGAAAUUGUAUUGGGAAUCGGGUGGUCAUUUCCCUGUGACAUGUGGUCUGUCGGAUGCAUCUUGGUAGAGUUUGUGAUUGGUGAGCCAUUGUUUAAAACACAUGAUAAUCUAGAGCAUUUGGCCAUGAUCGAGAAGGUGACUGGGAGUCGCAUAGAUAAGUCUAUUGUGAGGCUUUCCAAGCAAAAUGAAAACGAGUGCGGAUUAAAGUACUUUACGAAUGAGUAUAUGAGAGACGACGAUGAGUUGGACCAAGAUGAUGAUGACGAUGUGAUUAUAGACGACGAAACCUCGCUAGACAAUAGCUUGAGCUUGAUCUUUCCCAGCAACAGUACACCAUCCAAAUUUAUUACCAGUGUGAACCUGUUGGACCGCAUAGACAAGUUCAUCAGUGGUCGAAUAGGGCUUGACAUUAAUUUCGACUAUUCAUUGUCGAGUAACUACAAGAAGAACAAGCAUGUCAUUAAUUUUGGCAAUUUUACAUUCUGGUGGUUUUUCAUCGACUUGUUAAGAAAGCUCUUUGUGACGAAUCCGCACCAUCGUAUUACGGCUUCCGAGGCGAUGGAACAUCCGUGGUUCAAUUUGGGUAUAGAGGAUGAGGGAACGGUAUAG